AUGGGCGAAACAUUUGUGCUAUUUUCACCACCUAUACAGAUGGAAGGGAUCGAGGAUACAGCAACCCAACAAGUCAAAAAUAAUUUGAGGUGCCUCUUGAAACCACUCAAAUACUUAACCUGCAAACAUAUCAUCCAUUACAAUUGUAUCAAUAAUCUACAAAAACUAUGUCCUAUAUGUCCAUCAACUAAUAUAGAACCAGAAGAGGAAGAAGAAAUGAGUGUUAAUGGCAAAGAACAAUCUGAUACUAGCAGUAAAAAACGUUCUAAUGAAAGUAUGGAUGUCAACUCAUCUUCACCCAAGAAAAAGGCAAAGAAAGCAGUUAAAAGAGAAGAUUUGCCCAUUUUGAAAAAGCUUAUCAAGGAAUUGUUCGCUCCAAUUCUACAGCAAAGUUCUUUUGAUAGUAUUAUUUCUCUACAGACAUUCCUUGAUAUAGAUAUUAACUUGGUUAAUUUUUGUGAACUAGAUAAUAAGAUCAUCAAUACCGAAGAUGGUAAUAAAAAAACUAUUCUAGAAGUGAUUCAUGCAUAUUAUUAUUUUGAGAAAGGGUAUAGGUUAUGGUUUGACCAUUAUAAAAAAACAUAUAGUAAGGAUACGUCCAAUUCUCUAGUUAAUGAUAAAAUUCGAGAGCACUUUCCAGACCAGGACAAAGUUUCAGAGACUAAUCUUAGAAAAAGGAAGGAAAGGGCAAUAAAAAUCUUUAAACUCUUUGAUGGGGUUGGAGGGGAAGGAAAGAUAUAUUGUAUUAAGUCUUUUUCUGCGUCAACUAUUUUGAGACUGGGCAUGGAUGAUAUUAAUUAUGUAAAAGCUAAGUUUUAA